GCCAGGGAGUCAAGGAGUGACCGCUGUAUCCAGAGCAAUGUGGUGGCCUAUGCUGUGGGCCUUUCCAGUACUGCUCUGUCUCUGUUCCUCCCAGGCCCUGGGUCAGGAGAGUGGUGCCUGUCCAGAUGUUAAGAUCGUAGGUCUGGGGGCCCAGGACAAGGUGGCUGUCAUCCAAAGUUGCCCUAGCUUUCCUGGCCCACCUGGACCGAAAGGGGAGCCUGGAAGUCCUGCUGGGAGAGGGGAACGGGGCUUACAGGGCAGCCCAGGGAAGAUGGGACCCGCCGGCAGCAAAGGAGAGCCGGGAACCAUGGGGCCCCCAGGAGUCAAAGGGGAGAAAGGACAGAGAGGAACUGCAUCACCACUGGGUCAGAAGGAGCUGGGAGACGCCCUGUGCCAGAGAGGGCCCUGGAGCUGCAAAGACUUGCUGACACGGGGGAUCUUCCUGACUGGCUGGUACACCAUCUAUCUUCCUGACUGCCGGCCACUGACUGUGCUCUGUGACAUGGAUGUGGAUGGUGGGGGCUGGACCGUUUUUCAACGACGAGUGGAUGGGUCCAUCAACUUCUACCGAGACUGGGAUUCCUAUAAAAGAGGCUUUGGCAACCUGGGCACGGAGUUCUGGUUGGGUAAUGACUACCUCCACCUGCUCACAGCCAAUGGGAACCAAGAGCUCCGGGUUGACUUAAGAGAGUUCCAAGGUCAAACCUCCUAUGCCAAAUACAGCUCAUUCCAGGUAUCUGGAGAACAGGAGAAAUACAAGCUGACCUUGGGGCAGUUUCUGGAGGGCACUGCAGGAGACUCCCUGACAAAGCACAACAACAUGGCAUUCUCAACCCAUGACCAAGAUAAUGAUACGAACGGCGGGAAGAACUGUGCAGCUUUGUUCCACGGAGCCUGGUGGUACCACGACUGUCACCAGUCCAACCUCAACGGGCGCUACUUGCCUGGCUCCCAUGAAAGUUAUGCGGAUGGCAUCAACUGGCUAAGUGGCCGAGGCCACCGCUACUCCUACAAGGUUGCCGAGAUGAAAAUCCGGGAAUCAUAAGGUGCCCCAGCCUCCACCCACCCCUGCAGCCGUGCCCAGGCCAUGUGGGGACACUGAAGGAAGGGGUCACGAGAAGAUGGAGUCUGUAUGUCGUGUGCUCUGGACACUGUCCAGCACUGACCACUAUGCACUAAUAAAGGCCAGAGAAGCAGA